AUGGCUCCCAGUAUCAAUAUCCUGCAAGAAGCCAAGACAAGACAGAUUGGUGGACUUCAAAAAAAUAAGAUCAGGAAACCGGUUAUUGAGAAGAUGAGGAGAGAUCGAAUUAAUCACAACAUUGAGCAGCUCAGAAUUUUAAUGGAGAAAGACAUCCAGACACAUCACCAGCACUCGAAACUUGAGAAGGCCGACAUUUUAGAAAUGGCUGUAAAAUUUCUUCACAGACAGAGACAGCACUGCAUGAACGAUUCUCAGAAUUCUCAGGAUUUAUAUUACCAAGGAUAUUACAUGUGCCUCAAAGAGACGGUGGGAUUUCUGCAUAACCAUGAGAACACACGUGGGAAAAUAUUAAGACAGCUCUGUAUGCAACAAGGUCAAACAAAUGCUGAAUACAGCCUCCAGCAUCCAGUCUCCCCACUACAGAGAUACCCCUAUAAUGCCUCAGAAGGUAACGGGGAGAUAUGGAGACCUUGGUAG